AUGUCUCAGUGGAAAAACCAUGUUUCUUUGGUUUGGAAUCUUCUCAUUUUGGAUAUGUUCUUUGUUUGCAUGCCAGAGCACAUAUGUGCGCAGAAUUCUUGUCCAGAGGUCAUGCAAUGGCUUUUGAAAGAUGGCUUUCACAGAGAUCUCCUGACUAGGGUAAAACUUGGUACAGUUGAUGAAGGCACAGGAAACUGCAUGGUGGCAAUUAAAAUUCACCUUCCAAAAGGAUUAUAUGUGGACCCCUAUGAACUGACAUCUUUAAAUAAACACAAUAUCACUGAGGCUUUGGUGACUGUUGAUUAUGUAGAUUUGGAAGUUCCUGAAUAUUUAGCCACUGAAAUUGCUGUUCUCGUUUACAUGAAACCUGAUCCUGAAUGCUAUUACUGUUUUAGAGCAAUAUUACCUUUGCACUGCCGGUAUCACCAGCCAGCAGAGGUUGAUGGAACAAUCUCUGCCAUACUGAAGAGGCCAGAAAUAUUGAUUCAUUGUCAGAAACCCUUCCUACCAGCAGAAUGUUUGAAAGAAACCAAAAUAGAAACACCAUGUUCCCUGAAGAAUAAGCAUAACUGCCGUUGGGAUAGCGUGAGGUUCCAAGCUGUAAACCAAGAACUGCAAUUGCAGAUACCAGUUGGGCUCAAACAUCACCUUGCCUUAGUAUGCACAGGGACUCUUGUUACCACUAUAUUAUGCUCUGGCCUUAUUCUUUUAGCUUUAUUCAAGCAUGGAGACUUCUUGUUUGUUCAGAGCUCAUUGUGAAAUGAAACAGCACUUUAUUAUUUGAAUCAUCAUAGAAAGACU